AUGUCAGAAAGAAAUGAUCCCGCAUUUUAUAUUCCUAACGAAAUAUUUGCCGAAAUAAUACGCCAUAUACAAGAAUCUCCGACACUUUUCUCUUGUCUUUUCGUUAGUCGAGAUUGGUGCCGCAUCACUAUUCCGAUAUUAUGGCAAAAUCCAUUUUCUCUCAUCAAUAAAAAUAAAAGAUGUGUUAACUAUUUGUCAACAUCUGGAAAGAUACAAAAUUUCUUGAAAAUAUGUUUUUCAAAACUUCCUACUACGGAGAGCUCUCGUAUCCCAAUACUUGGCCUUGAUUUGUUAGGCAAGCGGCCGAAAUAUACGUUUGAUUAUUUCUCAUUUAUAAGGGAAAUAACGUAUUUGGAUGUAUCGGUGACUAUUGAAUUGGCAUUUCAUUCAAAAAAACUCCAGGACUUGAUUAUCUGUAUAAUGAUGACACAUUUUUGUCGUGAAGCGCAAAAAAUUACCAACAUGAUUAUUCCACUAUUUGAUUCAAGCAUAAUGCCUCACGCCAAAAUUAAAGAAAUGUUUGAAACGAGCUUUCAACAGCAUAAACAAUUCAAUUUAUUACUGAUUGCAAAUUAUCAAGAGAACGAAGAUGAGUAUGAAAAUCGACGAAACUGCAAAUAUUUCAUAUCACGAACAUGCGAAAUCCUUUCAUACCAACAACGACUAGUCGAGCUUGAAAUCUUUGGAAUCAGCGAUGAUUUAACAGUCAUUAUAGCUGGUUUAUGCGAUUUGCCCUCAAAAUCUUUGGUGAAACUUAAGUUCUUUGAUUGUGCUUUUGAUUAUGAAAUCUCAUAUGAAAUCCAGAAAUGGAAGUUUUUAGAUGAUUUGGAAGAAUUGAGAUUUCAUUAUUGUAGGAUAGCGGACGAUCUUUUUCGUCCUUUAGAUGAUGACUAUUUAGAAUAUUUCAUGAAUAAUAUGACACUUGUUACUGAUGGUAAAGACGAUGAAAUGAAUACAUAUGAAUACGAGGAGGAUGAGGACGAUGAGUUGGGAGAUUGCUUUGUGUUUAUUGGAAAUAAUAAAUCUGAUGAUUUAGAUGAUCUUGAAACUGUGCUUGAAGAAUAUGGUUAUAGUCUCUAUGCCCUCAUUGGUCAUUCUAAAGGGGACCAUGACAGUUUUGUUGUACGCAGCAACACACGUAAUCACAACAAGGCAGCACGAGACAGAUACGGAAGUGACGCAAUGCAAGAUUUGGAGACUCAAGGCUAUUCUAUUGGGAAACCAAUUAAAAAUAUUCCGGAGUCGAUGUCUGUCUUAACUAUCCAUGGCACAAACGAUGAAGUAAUUUAUGUGAUAGAUGCAGCCUCAUUCGCCAACUCGAUAUCAAAUCACAUACUGAAAUUGAUUAAUGGUGCAAACCGUCAAUACCCUAGUCACAAGGAUGAACCCGCAUUAAAACUGCUUAAUAUCCAGAAAAUAUUUGAUUGGCGAUCGUAUUCAAAACGUUUUAAAGCAGUUCCAGAGUAUGCCGAAGAUAUUAAAUUUAUGCUUUUAUUUAGAAAUCAACGUAUUCAUACUCCAGUUGUUCCUAAAGGCUUUGUACCUUCAUCACUGGACCUCUCAUACUCUCGUGCAAUUAACUCAUCAUCAACCACCGCCAAAUUUAAAAGUAACAUCACAAAAACUCCAGUACGAUCUUUUCCUGCUCGACAAUGA